UUUGAAUUUUUUGCGUAGCGAUGCGAAGGCUCGCGCUUUGGUGAUUUGGGAUUAUUCGCUGUGUGGUUAGCCUGACAGCUAAGCGCUGAUUGUUGUAUUUGGGGCGGACUGAGGCCGAGUCGAACCGAGCUGCUGCUCCGAAACCGCAAACAAUAACAAAAACAAUGACAGGAGCAGACGCCUUUCCUUUUCUCCUGUUGUUGUUUAAGGGGGCGCGGCGCAUCAUUUAGCCCCCAGCGGACAAACAAACAAUCACAAACAACUUUGAUCAUUUGAACGUAAUUGAAACAGCUUUGUUAGCUUUUAGCGCGGGUGUCCGUCUAAUUCCUGGUUAGGAGUGCUUCUAAUAAAUAAUGCUUAUGUAACGAGUCAUUUGUCACUUUUCACAUCUUGAACACACAAGACGUUUUGCUCGUCUUGUCGAUAGGAUUCCAGUGCUCGUUUGUCGCGUUGACUUCAGCUAGCAGGGUACACGCCCCCCAACACACGCGCGCGACCCGUGCUAGAACAUUCGUUCCUUUCCCGGCUUUUAGUAAAACGCACAACAAAAAUAAUAACCAAGAAUCCAUCUGAGUGUUUUUGGAGGGACAUCUGUCAAGUGGACCAAACGUCACGCGAGUGCGGGUGUUUAUUCGAUACAUUUAGCAUCAACAAGAGCCACGACGCAGAGUCCCCCCGGACCCCUUCCCUCGACCGCCCUCGCACCUCUGGGACUGGACACCGGGCCCAGAGGUUCCCCACCGCUGGAGCGCUAAGCUGUGCCUUGCGAUGCCUCAGCCCAGCGUGAGUGGGAUGGAGCCUCCCUUUGGGGACGACUUUCAGCACUUCUCCUUCGCCGACCAGGCGUUGACCAGCACCGAGCUGCUCGCCAACACCUCAGACCCCGACUUCAUGUAUGAGCUGGACAGAGACAUGAGUCACCGACAGAGCCCGUACGGCGACGGCACGAUGGGCGUGGCCGACGGCGCCAAAGAUUGCGAGGUGGGCGCGGAGCAGCAGCUGAUGAUGGCGCUCGGAGAGUGCGACACUGCUCACGGCGCUCCGGCUUUUGAGCAGUGGGACUCGUACUGGGAGGACCUCACCAGAUAUACACGUCUGACCAGCUGCGACAUCUGGGGCACCAAGGAGGUGGACUUUCUGGGCUUGGAUGACUUCUCCAGCCCGUAUCAGGAUGAGGAAGUGAUCGGCCAGACACCCACUCUGGCUCAGCUCAACAGCGAGGACUCUCAGCCAGUGUGCGAGGCUCUCUGCCCCCCAGCCGAACCUACGCAGCUACCCGCCCCCGACAAGAGGACGCCGCUCCCGGGGUCUUCGUCCCGCCAUUCUAGGAGCCUCGUCCCUGACUUCCCUGAGGGUUUCCGGAAGGCCACCCGGCCGAUCCCCUCUAGCACCGAGACCAUGACCAAGACCCAGGCCCAAUCGCGCCUGGCCCAGGACCAUGCCCCCCAAGUGAAAGGCCAGGCACGAGCGUCCAAGACGGGCGCUCUGUUGGCCAACUUUGACUUUGUCCGAAAAGCCAAAGUCCGCCUGAGUGCUCACAAAGCUCAAACUGACCCCCCAUCGCAGACCUACUUCGAGAGGGCGGAAGUCCCCGCACCCCUCCAGCGCGAUAACACGGUGUCCGUGGCAUCCACAUCAGCCGACGCCGCCUCGCUGGCGACGCCCGCCGGCUGCAGCUUCAAUGCCACUGCUAGAAAGCCUGCCGCCGCGCCUCAGCUGGAAGAUGUCGGCGCCGCCUUGGAGCGCAGCAUACCCGGGGGGCCGGACGGUGGCGCCAGUACCGUGGUGGAAGAGGAGAAGAGCAAAGAAGAAGAACACAACUACUCCUUGUUUCUCACCCGAAGCCGCCUGGCCAGGAGGAGCCUUUCGCAGCUGGAUGAGGAGGAAGAGGAAGAAGAGGAGGAGGAAGAAGAGGAAGAAGAAGAGGAAGACGAUGAGGGCGACGGGCUGGAGUUGGAUGACGAAGACCACGACGAAGACCACGAUGAAGGCUUCGGGAGCGAGCACGAGCUGUCCGACAACGAGGAAGAGGACGAGGAUGAAGAUGAGGACUAUGAGGCCGACAAGGACGACGACAUGAGCGAUGCCUUCUCAGAGCCUGGCUGCGACGUGUCCCUCCUAGAGGACGUGAAAGGUUUGACGGCUGGCGUGUCGAGCCGCAAGCGAGGCAAACGUCGCUACUUCUGGGAGUACAGCGAGCAGCUGACGCCAUCCAAACAGGAACGCAUGCUGAAACCUUCCGAGUGGGACCGUCACACUCUGCCCAGUAACUUGUACCAGAAGAACGGGCCACUGCACGGGAAAUACGCACUGAAGAAGUCCCGGCGCACUGACGUGGAGGACUUGACUCCGAACCCCAGGAAGCUCCUGCAGAUCGGCACCGAGCUGAGAAAACUCAACAAGGUGAUCGGCGACUUGACGCCCGUCAGCGAGCUGCCGCUCACCGCCAGGCCGUGGUCGCGCAAGGAAAAGAACAAGCUGGCGUCCAGGGCGUGUCGUCUGAAGAAGAAAGCGCAAUAUGAAGCCAACAAGGUGAAGCUGUGGGGACUCAGCACAGAAUACGAUCGUCUUUUGUUUGUCAUCAACGCCAUCAAGGAGGAGAUCGUCAGCCGAGUAGAGGACUCGUCCCCUCGCGCCAGUAACAUGAGCGACACACUGGAGAGGAUGAUUCAGGAAAAACUUGUGUCGCCACCUGUCGCCGGGCAGACUUCGGACUUCGUCAACAAGAUCUUGGAGAACACAGGAUGCGGCGACCCCACCGGCGGACUGGUGGGCCUGCGGGUGCCCACCUCCAAAAUGUAAAUGGGCGUGGCCUCAGUCUUCCCGCCCUGCUGUUCCCCUUAUAACCACGCCCCCUUUGCAUGCCCCUUACCACCCGGCGUCCAUGCACACGUGUCGUCACACGCUCCGGCUUCCCGCCCCGCCCCGACGACCGGAAAAGGCCUCGACGUAGUUUGGUGCUAGUUCUACAUGGGUGGGGCAGAAGGGCGUGAGACUGCGAGGAAGAGGAAGUGUAAAAUGAAGAUGGCUCCGCCCCCCCCCUCUUGUACAGUAGACGUGAGUGGGUUCAUGCUAGUGUUUCGAGUGAUCCGAUUCUAUUCAUUGUGCCUUGUGUGUGUGUGUGAUGGCGGGAGAAGUUCUUGUGCGUGCGUGGAAGGAAAUGUUGUGACGUGUUCAAAGAUCUUGUGAAUGUGCGUAAAUACGAGAGCUCUGCUUGCGCGAUGCCACAGAGUCACUGUAUGUAUGCGUGAGCGCUUGUGGGGAGGCCUCUGCAAAAGGUGACCGUUGCUUGUCGGUACUCUCCAGGUGGGCGAGGCUAAGAGGUAUUUUGUUCGUUACAAAGGAAUAUUUGCACACUAUUAAUCUAUUUUCAUUGAUUGUUUUGUACCAAAGACACAUGCAACAAAAUGGCGAGCCAGCCAGGCAACGUAAGGUUUUGCACAGCUUACAUGAUGCCGUAUUGAAUGUAGACGUGGGGAGGGGUGGGAGGUCUUGUGGGGGGAAAGGGGGGGCCGAGAGAGCCCAAUGGAACUGUGAAGCUCGUUGGGUCCACUAACGGAACAUUUCUUUUCAGUCCGCGUUACAAGCUAACUGUGCUAAGUGCGCUAACUAGAUAAGCUACCUUUUUAUUUGGAGACGUCACCCACACAAGAACCAAAAGGCCCCACGGCCCUGCCCCGUGUUUUGACUUUUUUUUUUCUUUUCUUAUGUUUUUUUCUUUGGGAGCAAGCGUGGCACCUUCCAACGUGUAAAGCUGGACAUGCACGGGCAGGAAAGCGAUAGAACACACAAAGUAAAAUGAUCAUCCAAUCAUCCAGUUUGAUUGCUACCAGCCCCCAGUUGGAAUGAAUGGGACUUGUUCUAUAAUUUAUUGAUUUCAAAACUUAUUUAUUUAACUGCCUAAAUGCAACUCAACUAACCCUACAGCGCUAACCCUUUUAGAGCAUUUAACGGAUCUUUAAAGGCAACAGAAUAAUUUAUACAUAUAUUUUUGCAAUUAUCUUUAAAUGUUUAGAAUGCCGUGAGAAUUAAAGAUUCAACCUCACAUUAUAGGGGGGUUUCCCAGUUAUACCAUAUUAUUAAGUAGCAAUUAGCACUGAUUUCCACAAACGUCUCGGCGUCGUGUACGUCCAGCUUUCACGUCCCCUGUGCGAUGGGGGCAAAAAAAGAAAACUUACAAAAAAAAAAAAACAACCACAACAAAAAACUUAGUACUAUUUUUGUACUUGAGCUGCAAGAUGGCUCUCCGGCAGUGAAGGUUUUAAAUAGGUGAGCGGCAGGAAACGCUUACAUUCCCAGGAAAGUAGACGCAUCAAGUUGACAUUCAGAGUUUCAGAAUGUUUUUUUUUUUUUUUCCUGCAUCGUGAGAUUGAAUAGCAGCUUGUGCUACACAUGCAUACGUAUAUAUGUAUUCAAUGUAGAAAUCUUUUAUAUUUUUACCGACCGAUGUGGUUCCGUCUGAAGAAGGGAGAACUUGGUGCUCUUUGGGAAUGAUAAUCCAAGAAUCUUAUUUGACUCGCUUUCCUCUCCUCUCCCGUCCAGUUCCACUUUUGUAAAUAGUCACAAAGUUAAGUGUGCUUGAUAUCUACAAUAUAGAAGAGUCAAUAUAUAUAUAUAUAUAUAUAUACAUACAGUACAUGUUAAGAAUAUUAUAUAUGUUUAACGCAAUUGCACUUUGUCCAAAAAAGAAAUUGAAAAAAAAAAAAUACAAAGAAAAAGCAAAGCAUUUUUCUUCCAUUUGCUGCUAAAAAGGCCUCGUGUGAAUGCUGCAAGUGUACUUGAUAGGCCGCUCCUUGUGGACCCGUCAAUCACCUGGGGCGCUGUGGUCUUUCACCUAUGAUUAGGGCUGCGACCUUGGACUAUGACCUGAAUCGGUGCGGUCCACGACCCGGUCCGUGACUCGGUCUAUGAAACGAAUUGGUGCAGUUUCUGACUUUGGUGUCCUUGCCCGGUGCGGUCUAUAACCUGGUUCAGGAUUCGGUCUGUGACCAGACUAGGCUCGGUUUAUGACCUGGUGACCUGGAUAGGAGCAGUCUUAUCACCUGAUCCGUGACACGGUCUGAGUGCGGUCUACGAUCCGGUCCCGGGAAGCCGUGGCGGUGAUCCAUUUGCCUUGAGAUGAGGUUUCCUAUGGAAAAAGUGAUUGUGCUUUGACUUUCUUCAGGGUGAUGUACAGCUUAGAGAGCUAUAUUGUUAGCGUUUGUAAACUGAUUUCUACUUGUGACUUAACGAGGGGGCGGGGCUUAGAAGUUCUAUAUCACUGUACUGUAUAUGGCACGCCAACAACCGAGACUCAAUCUGGACUUUAUGGCCUUCUCUCAAACUACUUUUCACGCUCGACAAUAAAUCAACACAAAAGACGGCGACGGUCAACGUUAACUCAAAAGCGACUGAAGUAGCAAACUUUGCCAGUACUGUGGGAGGGUCAACCGCCGGCUGACUGGCUGUCAAGUGUGUGCGUGUGCGUGCAUGUGUUGGGAUAAGACGGGAACUCUGUGGCAUUUUUUCCAGUUCCGGAAAAGAAAGAGAGAAUUCCCGCCAGUAAAUGUUGUUCUCUUCUUUGGAGGUGUUGACGUGUGCUACUUUGUCAAAUAAUAAACGUGGAUGCUGAAGCUCUUCUUCAGCCAAUCAGGGUCCUUACCUUCUUGUGUGUGAUCAAGUGGGCGUGGUCAGUGUCAAUCAAUCAUCGUGUUGCAAUGCAGGCCGAGGCCGGUUUUGUUUUUCGCUAAUCCUUGAGACUAGCUCAGCUCUGCCCUCUAAUGGAGGGAUGCCCAAUGUUCAAAUCGGGUUAAAUGUCCAGACGAAGCGCCACAAUUCAGUUCAACAAAUUCCCACAAAGCACCUCUUACAAUGCUUGAGCACAAAAAAGCAAAUUUGUCACAUAUUAUAACUAAUCCUACAAGAAAUGAACCGUUUUUUUCCGUGAAAAAGUUUGGACAUCCCUGCAUUUGCGGCCUCAUUUUCAAUUGUCAAAAAGUAUACCUAUUUUCAGGUAAGCGUCCCGUUGUUGCCCACCCGCCAUGCUUUUCGGUGUUUUUUUUUCUUCCACCUAACCACUUUGGGGGAGUGGCGUGAGGUCAUGUGACCAGACGCUACGACCACCACGAGAAGGCGGCGCCCGCCUGGGGGAAGACGCCCCAGUAUGCGCGGCGUCGGUGCCUUAAUGUCAACACAGCAACGUAUUUUCAGUUUUUGGUGACUUCCUACGCCCGUUGCGCCACCCUAAAAAAAUUCUAUAGUUCCCAAAACAAGUUGUUGUUGGGAAAAUUGAAUUCAUUGGAUGCUGCUGAUGGUAAUAGACGUCCAAUCCAUUUGGACUGGGAGGGGGCGAAUGAACGGAUGUUCAUUCGCCCCCUCCCAGUUCAAAUGGAUUGGACAUCUAUUAGCGUUAAUGGGUGUUUUUUUUUUUUCUUAUGUAAAUGUUCUUUUACUAACUACCACAGCACAUACUCUGUAAAUACUAUACACAGUAUAUAACCGGGGUUAGCAGUGAUUGUUCAAUAUAAGCCAUUGCGUACAGAUAUUUAAUUCAUUUUAACAGUUUUGCAACAACAAAAUGCUAAUCAACUAAUUCAUCCACAUUUAUAUUUUAUAUAUGUACCGCAUUGGCCCGAAUAUAAGACGGCCCUGAUUAUAAGACGACCCCCUUUUUUCAAGACUCAAGUUUUGGAAAAAAAAGACUUUUUGAACACCAAAUUAAUUUUUAUACAGAAAAUAAUUACAGUACAUCUGAAACAAAUGAUUAUAACAAUAUAUUUGAGAGAAAAAGCAUGUUAUUUUGCCUCAUUCAAAUCUUAAUAUCUGAACAUUUAAAUAUGUAAACUAAAGUGCAAUCACAUUCGUAAAUGAAUGGCUUCGGGUUUUUGAAAUGUAAAUAAACCAAUCUAAUGUGAUAAAACAACAAAAUUGCAAUUACUGCAUUAACCAUCAAAGUGAGGUCUAACUGUAACUGUAAUCUUGAAACAAAUCUGAAUAAAAACAUUGCAAUAAAAUAAUACAAACUGGUUAAACGAGAGUAGCUGAGAUCUGGCAUUACAGAACAUUACUCCUCAAGUUCAGCAUUCGCUUAAUUAAUAUCUGGCGCCAUCUAGCGUCACGAAUGGGUAUAAUGUCUAGGCCCCAAAUAUAAGACGGCUCCCACUUUUUCAGUGUUAUUUCAAUGCAAAAAACACAGUCUUAUAUUCGGGCCAAUACGGUAAUUUAUUUUAACAGUUUUGCAACAACAAAAUGCUACUCAACUAAUUCAUCCACAUUUAUAUUAUACAUAUUUUUUUAUUAAGAGUUGUCCGAUAAUGACUUUUUCAGCGAUAACCGAUGUAUGUUGUCGUGAAUUUAACAUAGUUGUAUUGUGAUGCCCCACUGAAUGCUUUAACAAUGAUAACACUCACAUGAUAAAUCCCAAGAAACUUAGUUUGGAGCCCUCUAAUGGUCAAUAAGCAUAACUGCUGUGCUAAAUUGUGACCUGCCCUUGUACAAAGGCAGAAGGCUUCUGCAUUGACUUUGAACGGAACAUGUAUAUUGGCCCAAAACCAAUAUUAAAAACCGAUGUCGAUAUUCAUUUAAAAUGCUUUUAUCAGCCAAUAACAUCCACUACACGAUAAUAUCGAAUAACUCUUAAAGGGGAAGUUCGGAAUUUUUGACAACAGGCUAAAUCUUUGAGUUAGCGAGGGUUUAAUUAAUCACUGGAAUUGAUUUCAUAAAAUUCCAUGUAAUUUGUUAGUUAAUUGUUAGUUUCAGGGCUCUGGAGUGGCAUUUUGAAUUUAUUUAACUAUAUUGGAUCUGUUCGUAGAUCUGUAUAAUUUUGUAUUGGCAUGCUAAAUUGGUCCGAAUGAGUCGCGCUAGCUUAGCCACUCCAGAGCCCCGAAACUAACAAAUAACUUACAAACCGCACGGAAUUUGUUGAAAUAACUUCACCAUCUAACUAAAAAUGAAAGCUAAUGUCAAAAAUUAUGAACUCUCGCUUUUUGUUAUUUUUUAACUAUUAUUUUUCAGAAGUACCAUAUUUGCUGUUACUAAAAUCUAAUUUGAACCUCAGAAUAUUAAAUUUGGGAGGGGGAAAGGCUAAUGAAGGAUUUUACACAAAACAAUUUUGAUGUAAAAUAUUUCCCUCCUAGAUUCAAGAUGAGAGGUAAAAUAGUCACUCACUUUUAAACGUUGCACUUCCAAAUGUAUCCCCAAAAAUGUCAAAAACUGUCAGCUAAACAAUCAUAAAAUGGAAACAAUGUGAUGUUAUCAUAGUGUAAUUUGAAAUGUGAUUGUGACAAAAUAUAAUAGAUAUACCUAAAAUAAUAAUUGGUGUAAAAGAAGUGGAAAAUUGCAAGGAAAUAGUAGUGCUAACUACCACAUGGAUACUCUAGGACUGCAGCUAUCAAUUAUUUUAGUAUUCGAUUAAUCGAUGAACUAGUUAGUUUGAAUAUUCGAGUCAUCGGAUAAGGAACAUAAACAGUUAUAAUACCUGAACUGAGCCUCAAACGGUAUAAAAAAAUAAACCAAAUAACAAUUUGCUAACUUACAUAGCAAAAGUUCGCUAGCUUAAAUGCUCUAAAAUGCUAAGUUUUUUUUUUUUUUGCUCACUUUUAAAUGUAGCACUUCCAAACGUAUCCCCGAAAAUGUAAAAAAAAUUUCAGCCAACCAAUCAUAAAACAGAAACAUUGUGAUGUCAUCAUAGGCUAAUUUUAAAUGUGAUUGGCACAAAAGUGACUAGAUAUAAUACAUAUACCUAAAAUAAUAAUUGGUGUAAAAGAAGUGGAAAAUUGCAAGGAAACAUUAGCGCUAACUACCACGUGGUUACUCUAGGACUGCAACUAUCGAUUAUUUUAGUAUUCAAUUAAUUGAACUAGUUAGUUCGAAUAAUCGAUAAGAAACAUAAACAGUUAUAAUACCUGAAUUGAGCCUCAAACGGUUUAAAAAAAUAAACAAAAUAACAAUUGGCUAACUUACGUACAUAGCAAAAGUCCGCUAGCUUAAAUGCUCUAAAAUGCUAAGGUUUUGUUUUGUUUUUUUUUGCCCGCACUUUUAAACGUAGCACUUUCAAAUGUAUCCCCGAAAAUUUCAAAAAAAUUUCAGCCAAGAAAUCAUAAAACAGAAACAUUGUGACGUUAGCUUAGGCUAAUUUGAAAUGUGAUUGGCACAAAAGUGACAAAAUAUAAUGGAUAUACCUAAAAUAAUAAUUGGUGUAAAUGAAGUGGAAAAUUGCAAGGAAAUAUUAGUGCUAACUACCACAUGGAUAGUCUAGGACUGCAACUAUCAAUUAUUUUAGUAUUCGAUUAAUCGAUGAACUAGUUAAUUCGAAUAAUCGAGUAAUCGGAUAACGAACAUAAAGAGUUGUAAUACCUGAACUGAGCCUCAAUCGGUAUUAAAAAAAAUAAAGAAAUGAGGAUCUAAGUACAACUAACUUAUUAAAAGUCCGCUAGCUUAAAUGCUCUAAAAUGCAAUUUUAAAAAAAAUUUUUUUUUUUAUUGGGUAAUGCUCUAAAGAAAUGGUUCAAACACAUAUUCCCACAAAAACGGCUAAUUAUACCUCUAAACUAAAUUACAAAAACCAUUAACUCGAACAAAAACUUAUGUUGGUCUUAACAGUGAGCAGCUGGAUUUAGCCAUGUGAAAUGAAUUAUAUACACUGUUGCCACUAGAGGCCAGUUUAUCCACCCAAAUAAACUAAAUGCAAACACUUUCAAAACAAACCAUUACAGCCCCACUUUCAUCAAACGAAAACUCGAAGCAACAAAAUUUGAAUCUUUUUUCUAAUUGUAAUCGAAUUACUCGAGUGAAUCGAUUAAUCGUUGCAGCACUAGUAUACUCUGAAUACUACGCAAUUUCAAGUGCAUUUGCCGUUGUGGACUAGCGCACACUCGUGCGCUUCUCUAACGCCGCCGCCUUCGUGGUGGUCGUGGUGGCGCCGACUCGCAAUUUUUGUCACAAAGGAAAAAAAAGACAACUUGAGCUUGUUUGUAGUCCAAGUGUACGUCUGCUCGCUCUUACAUCUCGAGGUUUAUGUUUUGUAAUAAAUGUCGUGCUGGCUUUUUCAACUCUUUGUUCGUUUGGCGAUACGCAUGUUUAUGUAACAGAUGUUGUUGAUUUUUGGGGGGGUUCUACAUCGGUUAUUAUUUGUAAUGCUUGUACUGUAACUACUACAAAUGUGUAUCGUAGUUUUUCUUGCACUUUUUACACCAUCUCGGAGCUGGCGGUGCCUCUUUAAUUUGUCGUCACAUCAUUAUGUGUGUGUGUUUGUGUUGUAUCAGCCUGCCAUUGGUACAUGCGCGCACACACUUUUUGCUUGUAAACACAUGCUCUUUGUUUUGAAUAGAGGAGUAAUAAAAAGCAUUCGCACCCACCAGUGUCAAACUUCUUUAUAUAAUCAAAUAAAAUACAAGUUUUUUUCAAAUCAGGAUAAAUACAGUGGCAUGAAAAAGUAUCUGUUUGGAAUGUCUCACAUCUCUGCAUAAAAUCAUCAAAUAUGAUCUGAUCUUUGUCAAAAUCACACAGAUGAAAAAACUCUGCUUUAACUAAAACCACCCAAACAUUUAUAGGUUUUAAUAUUUUAAUGAGAUGGUAUGCAAACUGACAGAUGGGGGAAAAAUAAGUAAAUGAACCAUCACAUUUAAUUUUUGUGGCUUCAACCAGACGCUUCCUGUAGCUGCAGAUCAGUCUGGCACAUGGAUCAGGAUUAAUCUUGGCCCAUUUUUCUCAAAACUGCUGUAGUUCAGUCAGAUUCCUGGGAUGUUUGCAUUAAUCACUGUCUUUAGGUCAUGCCACAGCAUCUCAAUGGGGUUCAAGUCUGGACUUUGACUUGGCCACUCCAGAACGUGUAUUAUGUUCUUCUGAAACCAUUCUGAAGUUGAUUUACUUCUGUGUUUUGGAUCAUUGUCUUGUUGCAGCAUCCAUCCUCGUUUUAACUUCAACUGUCUGACAGACGGCCUCAGGUUUUCCUGCAAAACAUCAUGAUAAACUUUUGAAUUCAUUCUUCCAUUAUGAUUGCAAGUUGUCCAGGCCCUGAGGACGCAAAACAGCUCCAAAUCAUGAUGGUCCCUCCACAAUGCUUCACGGUGGAGAUGAGGCGUUGAUGUUGGUGAGCUGUUCCACUUUUCCUCCACACAUGACGAUGUGUGUUACUCCCAAACAAUUCAACUUUGGUUUCAUCAGGCCACAAAAUAUUUUGCCAAAACUUCUGUGGAGUGUCCAAGUGCCUUUUUGCGAACACUAAAUGAGCAACAAU